AUGCUCUUCCGACCUUCCAGUCAAGUCUUUCGGUCCUCGCUUACCCACAGUCAGCGCAAUUGGUUCACAGCCCAGUCUCGAAGAUGGCUAGCAUCCGCAGCACGCAAUGAGGACGGUACACUUCCGCUGGCGGGUAUCAAGGUUCUUGACAUGACAAGAGUUUUAGCCGGUCCUUACUGCACACAAAUACUUGGUGACCUGGGGGCGGAUGUCAUAAAGAUCGAGCAUCCCACCAGAGGAGAUGAUACUCGAGCCUGGGGCCCACCUUACGCCAAAUACGUCGACAGUAAUCAGGAAGGGCCUGGUGAAAGUGCCUACUACUUAGCCGUCAACAGAAAUAAACGAUCUAUCGGUCUCUCGUUCGCUCAUCCUGCCGGAGUCGAUAUUCUACACAGGCUAGUGAAGGAAUGCGACGUGCUUGUCGAAAAUUAUCUUCCUGGAUCGUUGGCAAAAUAUGCGAUGGAUUACGCAUCGGUCUCUAAGAUCAACCCGGGUCUAAUUUACGCUAGUAUAACUGGCUAUGGACAAACAGGGCCUUACAGUAAUCGGGCUGGAUAUGAUGUAAUGGUCGAAGCCGAAUUUGGCUUGAUGCAUAUUACGGGCGCACGCGAUGGUCCUCCAGUCAAAGUCGGGGUCGCCGUGACCGACCUGACCACAGGGCUUUACACUUCGAACUCGAUUAUGGCGGCUCUACUCAGUCGGAUAAAAUCUGGAAAGGGUCAACACAUUGAUGUAGCGCUCAGUGACUGCCAGACAGCCACACUUGCAAAUAUCGCGAGCUCUGCUCUUAUUAGUGGCCAAAAGGACUCUGGGAGGUGGGGCACUUCACACCCGUCAAUUGUACCAUACAAGGCUUUCAAGACGUUGGAUGGCGAUAUUCUACUAGGCGGUGGCAAUGAUCGCCUGUACGGCGUUCUAUGCACGAGGAUCGGCAAGCCCGAAUGGAUACUGGAUGCUAGGUUCAAGACUAACGCUCUGAGGGUGCAGAAUCGCGAUACCUUGGAAGAGAUGAUCGAAAGCGAGACAGUGCAGAAGACCACUGCAGAGUGGCUUGACAUAUUGGAAGGUUGUGGGAUGCCAUACGCAGCCAUCAACGAUGUGCAAGCGACACUGAACCAUGACCAUACCAUUGCUCGCGGAAUGGUGCAACAGAUUGAGCACCCAUCGUGCGGUCCAAUCAAGUUGGUGAACACUCCAGUGAAAUACUCGGAGUCGACUCCAGGCAUCAGAACACCUCCUCCAACUCUGGGCCAACACACUGACGAGAUACUACGAGGUACGCUUGGGAUGGGAUCCAAGGACAUUGAAAGCUUGCGCAGCGAGGGCGUUGUAGCAUAG